AUGAGAACACAUGACGAAGAGCCGUGUUCUAGCGGGUCUGUUACACUUAUGCAGCAGGUAUUUGCAGCUACUUCAGGUGCGAUAAUCACUUCACUAACAAUGACCCCGAUGGACGUUGUUAAGAUACGUCUGCAACAGCAGCAGCAUCCAUUCGUGAAAGGAACGUGUUUUCUUUACCAUAAUGGUCUCAUGGACCAUCUGUGCACUGCUUGCGCUGAAAGUAAUGGGAAGGACCCAUGCGAAUGGUUUUUGAGACCUGGCAAUUUCACGGGAACGUGGGACGCAUUUGUGAAAAUAUCGAAGACGGAAGGAGUGACAUCACUUUGGAGUGGUCUUUCUCCCACCCUAGUUAUGGCAGUACCUGCGACAGUUCUUUACUAUGCAGCUUACGACAAUAUGCUGUUGCGGCUAAAGAAGCGUUACAAACAAAACUCCUUUUGGCUUCCAUUAAUUGCUGGCAUAGGCGCUCGAACUAUGGCAACGACUGUGGUUUCUCCGCUGGAGAUGAUCCGGACGAAGAUGCAAAGCGAGAAAUUAACUUACUACGAGAUUGGGGAAGCAGUUAGGCGGUCGAAGUCUCUCGACGGUUGGCUAAGUUUCUGGAGAGGAUGGGGGCCAACAAUAAUGAGAGAUCUUCCUUUUUCAGCUGUGUACUGGUCCAUCUAUGAAUACCUAAAAGUGAAAGCGAUACGGAAGUUUGAGAAGGGAUUAACUGUGUGGAUCAGUUUCUUCUGUGGAGCUAUAUCAGGGACCAUCGCGGCACUCGUAACGACUCCUUUUGACGUAGUGAAGACGCAUAGACAGGUCACAUUUGGCGAGGUACAGCAGAUUCUGAACUUUAAAAACAAGGUCUCCUCUGGACUUGCGUUCCUAGUCAUCAAGCCAGAGGACAUGAAGACGAACACUAGAAUCUCUAAACUCAGAGAACUUAAAAACAAUGACCUACCGAGUAAUGCAAAGAUUGAAUCGAAAAGUACCUUCGGAAUCUUUAAAGAAAUCGUGCACAAGCGCGGCCUCCGAGCACUUUUUGCAGGCGCCAUCCCUCGAGUGGUGAAAAUAUCACCGGCAUGUGCCAUUAUGAUUUCUUGCUAUGAGUACGCAAAGAUGUAUUUCACGAAGCGCAAUCGACAAAGAACCAAGAGUUUUAGUAGCAUCGAUUGGGACCACGUGGAAGAUUACAACUAG